AUGAACGUUGUCGCCAGUAGACCCGAGAGCGCUGCUGUACCCUACACCUCCCCCCAUCAAGCGCCAGUCGUCCAUCAUUACAAGGAUUCAGCAUAUGCCGUGACGGUGCAGCCGGUCUCAUCUCGAACGUCAUCCGUUUCUUCCUUCAAGAGCAACUACACUACCUCAACCGCCCCUACCGUUUACUCCCCCGUCUCUCCGGCAUCGCCGUACCGCGUCUUCGACUCCGCUGCCUCCUUGGAUAAAAUACUAGAGUCGGUAUUCAAGCGAAUACCGCAGGAGGUCUACGAUGUCAUCCUAGAUCAAUUGCAAGAUCUACACACAGGCCCGAACCAGACGGGGUGUUUGACAUGUUUCCAGCGCGAUUUGCAUUCUCUCUCCCUGACCUGUCGGCCGUGGGAGAAGGCAGUCCGAGCGAAGCUGUAUAACCACAUUGACAUCAUUGGAAAUGAUUCGCCCGCCCAGUUGAAGAAAUAUCGACUGAAAAGGGGAAGCCGCUUGAAGCUGCUCAGACGAACCCUCCGGGAGAGGAAAUUGCUGGCCAAUCUCGUUUUGGAGCUUCGCGUGCCCCAGAUGGACUUGCUGUUCACGACCGUGAAGCAUAGUACCCAAUGGCAGGAAUACCGAGAUCUGGUCGCCUCCGUCGUCAUGGUGUGCCCCAAUCUGGAACGAUUGCUGGGCUUGACUAUCCCGUACAACCACGAGUUCGACCGCCUCACACAUGCGUUGUCCACGCGGCGGAAGUUGAAGGAGCACACGUGGAUCUUAGGAGAGGCCCCGGCGGUUUCUGAAGGAUCCCCUCGCAGCUCAUCAUGCCCCUGGAGCUUGGGUCCAUCGCAGAUGUUCGAGUUUCUGAACUACCAUGCCUCGUGGACGAAUCUAGAAACCCUGAUGCUCUGUGGAGUCAACGAGAAUAACGCACUGGAACCGAGUAUCUUCCUUCGCAUGAUCAAUCUUUUACCCUCUUUGCGCAAUCUUUGCAUCUCCAACUUCGAUGCAGAUGCCUUCGCGGACAGUGCUCUGCUGUGCCUACCGCCCCUGGAAUCUCUUCGUCUUGAGAACCUUCCGGGUGUCACUGAUACAGGCUUAUGUCACUACACGACACGAUCGGAAUCUCGAUCGCUCAAAUCGCUGGCUCUCAUCGAACAGAACCUCGAAUCUUUGUCGACGAUCUCGAAAGUCCUCGCAUCCUUGAACCAACUAGAAAGGUUCCAGUUCGUGCAGAGCAGCAGAUGCCCCACGCUUAACGCCGAGGAGAUGGUCUUCCAGCCGCUUUUCGCCUCCUCGAGCCUCAAGUACCUCCACUGGGACGUUACCGGGCCGGACUCGGGCGCUGCGCUCAGCAGACUCGAUUAUGUUCCGUUCAUGAAGCCGCCGCGACACACGGAGUCACCGAACUCCCAUCUGGCUCAAAGUAUCCUCUCGAUCGGGUUCCCUCGUCUCGAAGCAUUACGGGCGCCCUCGGAUAUAGAACCCCCGGGGGUUCUUCAGGCCGUAUGCCAGCCGAUGCCACGUGGGCAGGCGCUAAUGAAACCGGACCGGUACAGCCUUCCUCGCAGCUCUCACGGGUCUGUCCGGACUCGACCAAUGGCUCUGCCUGCGGGUAACAACUUGACUUCCGCUCGGAUACGAGCGCAGACAUUCAUCGACAUGGCCGCAAAGGAUACGGAAACCGGGAUGAGGGUUCUCAUCACCGAUCAUUCUGAUUCAUAUGUCCCGGACAACGCUUUGGACGACGACACUUCCGAUGACGGUUCUGAUUUGGACGUGGACGAGUACGGGAUUGGCGAACAUACCAAACAAGACGUCUCCGAAGACCAGGAAGGGCCGGUCGUUGUGUACGAUUUCCGAAUGCCAGCUUACAUGGGGAGGAUAGGCUCCCGCACGAGUAAGAAGGACAUCACAAUUCCGCGAUUCAUUCUUCGUCCGGACAUCCCUGGACACGAUGGCGAUGGAGGCUUAGUUGGGUGGAAACACGUACUGGCCUCCAACCAAUCGCUCACAUAUGCCGCCGGGGUUGGGGUGAACUGCUUCGGCAACAAGGGCCACACAAAACCGGCUGCCGACGAGCCACCAUCUCCGACCUCGACUGCGACCUCCCGCUUUGGAUGGGGCAGCAUCGGCAGUCGUUCGGCACUGGGCACAAGCCCGAACACGCCCAUUACGCCAUCGACGCCGAUGAGCGUUGCCUCUUCGACGGGGCUUCCCUGGGACAGGGACACCUGCACGGGAUCAUGGAACUACAGCCACCGCAACGGUCGGGAGUGGUGGUUCCACAUGGAGCGAGACCGGCCGGAAAACGUGCAGAUUGUCGACGUGAAGCGGCUCUUCUAG